GAAUAUUGUCUCAGAGAUGGGGGCCAGUGACAGUUGCCUGGAAACUUCAAUCUGUCCACCCGCAUUUAUUCCAGAUCCCAGUUAUGAGAUAAAGUUUAAUAAAAAUCUUUUGCUGCGCCAGCGCCGAAAUGAAACCCAAGCCUUUCUGAGCGCCUGAACACAAUGAGACAGGACCGCGGAGGAAACCUCAUGUUCAACAUGUAUCUCUCAGAUCCAACAGAAAAUCUGUUGAAGGAAAGCAAAGCAACAUCUUGGAGUCCAAUAAAUACAGGAGUGCAAAAAGGCAGCGGACAGAUCCAGCUGUGGCAGUUCCUCCUGGAGCUCCUGUCCGACAGCACCAACGUGUCCUGCAUCGCUUGGGAGGGCACCAACGGGGAGUUCAAGCUCAUCGACCCCGACGAGGUGGCCCGGCGCUGGGGGGAGCGGAAGAGCAAGCCCAACAUGAACUACGACAAGCUGAGCCGGGCGCUGCGCUACUAUUACGACAAGAACAUCAUGACCAAAGUGCACGGCAAGAGAUACGCGUACAAGUUCGACUUCCACGGCCUGGCGCAAGUGUGCCAGCCGUCCACAACAGAGCAGGCCAUCUACAAGUUUCAGGGGAACUUCUCCCCGAUCCCCUUCUCUGGCAUCUCCAAACUGAACCUCGUCACACCCGGCGUGGGCCCAUCGGGAUUCUCCUACUGGCCCGGCUCCCCGUCGGCGGCUCUGUACCACAGCCACAACCUGCAGCCUCCGGGGCCCUUUGGCACCGUGUCUCCGUCCCACAUCAGCUGCGUCAACAACAUCAACAGUCUGGCCAACAUCAACAAUCACUACAACUGACUCCUGUUGCACAUUUCAUGCCAGAUUUGGAAUAAAUUAAUCAAUAAAGAACUGUGUUUUGGUAGUUUGCGGCCAAAAUGUCGACUAAUUUGGACGAAGUUUUCGUAUCUCCCCGCAGAAAACCUGCAGCCAGGCUUAUUCAACAGUUAUAACCUUGUAAAUGUUUGCAUUUCAUCCGGUUCAUCGGCAAAUUUUUGAUUAUAUAGGAUGUAAAAAAAAUGAGCGUUAAUUCCUAUUUUAUUAUAUUUCUAAAUUGGUUCGUGUAGAUGUGAACUAAAUCAUCUCUUACAACACGGACCAAUUGCAUCUAUAUGCUCAGACCACUGGGCAGAAACAAUAAAGAUGUUUUAAAAUCUGUAAAACAAUAGUGAUAAAAUGAACACGCUCGGGUUUUCAUUCAAAUGUCAUUAUGGGUAUUUAAUCACUGAAUGAAUAAAUCAGUAAAAAAAAAAAAAACGUCUAUAAUUUUACGCAAAGACUUCUUUUACGCACGAAAAUGCCAUUUGUAAAAUAAAAUCAAGUCUCCACAUAUCACCAAAUUUUGGACUUCGGGCACAAACGCUAUUUUAUUUGUGAUAAGGUGUUUCUUUAUAGAAAAUAUAGACAAUGGAUGUUACAAUAAAAUGCUGGACAAGU